ACUAAUCUGGUGAGAGCGAAACCCGAGCCAUUUCUCUGCAACUGCUCUGCGAAAAGUCCGGGAAAGUUUAUAAAUUUUGCAGAGGCUGCUAGUACUUUGUGGCGGUAUAAUAUUUUGUCAUUAUGAGAUGUCGUCUCUCGGAGCUUCCUUUGUGCAAAUUAAAUUCGACGACUUGCAGUUUUUUGAAAACUGUGGUGGAGGAAGUUUUGGGAGUGUUUAUCGAGCCCGAUGGAUAUCACAGGACAAGGAGGUGGCUGUAAAGAAGCUGCUCAAAAUAGAGAAGGAGGCAGAAAUACUCAGUGUCCUCAGUCACAGAAAUGUUAUCCAGUUUUAUGGAGUAAUCCUUGAGCCUCCAAACUAUGGUAUCGUAACAGAAUAUGCUUCCCUUGGCUCACUGUAUGACUACAUUAACAGUAAUAGAAGUGAAGAGAUGGACAUGGAGCAUAUUAUGACCUGGGCAACAGAUGUAGCUAAAGGAAUGCACUAUUUACAUAUGGAGGCUCCAGUUAAGGUGAUUCACAGAGACCUCAAGUCAAGAAAUGUCGUUAUAGCCGCUGAUGGAGUAUUAAAGAUCUGUGAUUUUGGCGCAUCCAGGUUUCACAACCAUACAACUCAUAUGUCUUUAGUGGGCACUUUCCCCUGGAUGGCUCCUGAAGUUAUCCAGAGUUUGCCAGUGUCUGAAACCUGUGACACGUAUUCCUACGGUGUGGUUCUCUGGGAGAUGCUAACAAGGGAGGUCCCCUUUAAAGGUUUGGAAGGAUUACAAGUAGCUUGGCUUGUAGUGGAAAAAAAUGAGAGAUUAACCAUUCCAAGCAGUUGCCCCCGGAGCUUUGCUGAGCUGAUGCGUCAGUGUUGGGAGGCUGAUUCAAAGAAACGACCGUCAUUCAAGCAAAUCAUUGCAAUUCUGGAGUCCAUGUCAAAUGACACUAACCUUCCAGACCAGUGUAACUCCUUCUUGCACAACAAGGCAGAGUGGAGAUGUGAAAUUGAAGCAACUUUAGAGAGGUUAAAGAAACUGGAGCGCGAUCUGAGCUUUAAAGAGCAGGAACUUAAGGAAAGAGAGAGGCGUUUGAAGAUGUGGGAGCAAAAGUUGACGGAACAGUCCAACACUCCUCUGCUGCCUUCCUUUGAUAUUUGUGCAUGGACAGAAGAAGACGUGCACUUUUGGAUGCACCAACUCGUCAGAAAAGGUGAUGCUUCUGAAGAGAUGAGUAUAUAUGCAACUUUGUUUAAAGAAAAUAACAUCACAGGAAAACGAUUACUUCUCCUUGAAGAGGAAGACUUGAAGGAUAUGGGCAUUGUUUCGAAAGGUCACAUCAUUCAUUUAAAGACAGCCAUUGAGAAAUUAACCCACGAUUACUUAAAUCUGUUUCACUUUCCACCACUAAUUAAGGACUCAGCAGGAGGACCUGAAGAAAAUGAGGAAAAAGUAGUGAACCUAGAGCUUGUUUUUGGCUUUCAUUUGAAACCAGGCACCAGCCCCCAGCUUGCUUUUUUUAAAAAAGAAAGUGUCAGCUGAAACUUGAACCGGAACUUAAAUGUUCAUUCUACUCCUAAUGUGAUAACUUGACUACUUUUUAUGUGUGAAACUGAAAAACUGUUCUGGUGGACACCAGAGGUGGCAGAUGAUUCUGGAGCCAGAUAAAGAGGUCAAUUUAUUUAACAACUAUAAGGGGAGUUGAGAAAGCACCUUUCUGCCAAAGAACUUGAGGCUCACCACAAACGUUACUUCACUUAUGAAGGCACUUUUGUGUGUCCAAGGAAUCGGGUAUCAUUCUUUACUAGGAAAGAAACCUGACACCGAGAGAGGCCAAACACUUGCAGGGAAGACCCAGAUGCUGUGCUCUGCAUUUUCUCUGGCUUCACUGCACUUCACCGUGGCCUUUAAUUGAAAAGUGAUCUGUGAAGAAGGCAAGAAAAGGGAUUUCCUUGGAAAAGGAAGUUGGGGUGUUGGAACAAUUACCAGCAUGGCCCUGUGAAGAGGUAUUUUGGUAUGAAGUCCACUGUGAGAAUCACUAAGUGAGCCAAUCCAGAGUGACUGAAGCUAUAGACCUCCCCUCCAACUCCAUUGGCACUAUAAGAGUUUGGUUUUAUACCAACCUAGCUGUGCCCUGAAUGGGGACCAUACAGACCUAACCCCAGUGCAGAUGAAGGAAAACUACUCUGUCUCGCUUUACGAUAUCAAAUCACGUUAAGGUCCCUUAUCACUUGUGACAUCUAGGGCUUCCAUACUUUGAAUAAGAGCACUUUGCCUACGUUCAAACUAUACCACUGAAGUGGGUAGGAGGGGAUCUCCAAAUCUAGAUAAUGACAUUUUCUAGAUUGUUGGAAAGGAUAUGAGAUGGAAGAGGUUUUACCCUGAAGGACAUUUCCUCCAACUGCUCGGCUCCUUAACAUUUUUCAAUGGGCAAAGUACAGCAGUAGAGAAACAUAAUUACAUGGCAAAACCAAAGAGAAAUUUAGAUUUCUUGGCUCUGCAAUAUAGAAUUGCACACCCUGUCAGAUCAUCUCUAUACUGACUACUAAUACUUUGAUCAGAUGAAAGAAGGCGCAAACCACCAGACCCAUGUUAGAUGAGAUCAAAGAGCAAGCAAUGCAUCAACAACUUGGAGAUCCUCACAACUUGACAAAAGACAGAUGUUUACCAAAGCCUACAUUGUAGAACACAGAAGCAUACCUUGUCAAGCAAUUGGACACCUAGGCUAGAGAGAAACCGAAGACUAUGCAGUUUGAAACCAAAUUAAGGACACAGAUAACCAUAGCCAUUGCCAAAGCACCCCUGAAGAGGACUGAUAGCUCCAUCCUCACCACAGACCUGGAUUUUUAAAAGGGAGCAACAAGACAUUAAAGAUCCCUGACACACAGCUUUUGCUCCAACACUUAAUGAAGACACCAUGGCAGUCAGAUCCAAGAAGGUCCUUAAUUUAAAGCAGACUUGCUGAGAUCCACAAGCAGGAUGGAGCUAUGUUCUGUUCAACGAGCUAAAAUAUGUAACAAAGAAGAGAUGCCACAGGAUGCCUAAGAUGCUGUCCCUAACAUCUUUAAGAAGAGAGGGGGAGAGAGUUGUCUGUGGUGAGGUCCAAACCGGAGGCCUCCGAGGGCAACCUUUGAAGAAUACUGUUAUCGGUGGGAGGACUUUCCCCAUUGGCUAAGAAUCAGGACCAAUAAGAAAAAAAAAAACCAAAAAUACAAGUGGCCAUUGGAUGCAAUGCACUCUAUUAAGCACAAACCUCCCUCACUAGAAGCAGACACAAAUAUAUUUAAUAAUACAAAUAUUAGUAAAUGCUUGUAAACUCAAAUAUUUACUAAUAGCAAAUAGUUAUACACACAAGUGUAGGGGAAGGGUAAAAAUAUACUCUAGCUGCUUAGCUAAUGUGAGUUGUGAAUUAGUAAGGACUUACAUGGGGGAGUUCCAGGUCAAAGGCCGAGUUGAAAUUAGCUUUUUAGAAAAGCAUUAAUGCAUACAGGUCAGACUGAUAUCCCGUUUAGCCAAGUAUUUUCUUCCUACAAUGGCCCAAGGGAUGUUUAGAGGAGCAGUGGGAUAGUUGCCGUUCUUGAUAUCCAAUCUUAAGAUUAAAGAUGAACCAACAUCCCUUUCACUUCUUCGCUUAUAUAGUCCCAUUAUGGGUUGUUUCUUAGAUUUAUCUAAACUUACUAAUAUUUUUGGCCUCCAUGGCAUUCAGUAGUAGUGAAUUCUAAAUGCCAACCACUUGCUACGUGAAAAAGCUUUUCCUUUUGUUCUCUUCAACCUAUUCACUUCAAGCUGAAAAACAGCCUCCUAUACGGGUGUUAGGGAAACACAACAACACCGGGCUCAUCCUGUCCUUACCUUUGUGAUUUUGCAACCAUCAAUUGGGUUCCACAGCCCUCAUCUUUCCAGACUCACCAAUCCUAAUAUUUCCAUCUUUCCACUUAUGGAAGGUGCUCCAACAAGCUGAUUGUCUCGGGUGCAUCUUCUCUUUAAAAAUAUUAAUUUGGGCCCCGGACCUACAUGAAACAAGUCUAAGUCCCGCCCUAACGAAAGCAGUGCCUGGCCCUACAGACAAACGGGAAAGGAGGGUAAACCACCAGUUCCACAUCCAAGCCCAUUCCACAGCCCCAGGCCUCAGCAUCUCCACCUGACAGAAUUUCAGGCUUUCUCCACCUUGCAGUGGCCUCAGGAGAGCAGAAUGAGAGAGACCAAGCAGUAGUUGUGGACUGGAUAAUCUCCGAGACCAAUCAGGAGGCACACAAGGGCAGACUCCUAUGGCAACCUCUGUCAAUCAACCGAACUACCCCACCAAUUAAGCAUAGUUAAAGGUGCAUAUUUACAUCAAAACUGCUCUGUCCGUUCAGCACUGCCCCUAUCGUUCUUUAACUUUCUCAGUGUACACUGUGACUCAAAGUAUGCCUGGCAGAUUCCCUAUUGCUAUCUGGAUAGAGAGCCAGGUAUUGUUAAUUCCAUUAAGACGCAGGUGGAAUACCAGCCACUUCUUCGACCUGCCAUUUGGUUUCUCCCAUGCAGUCAAGUGAAUUCUGCCAUUACAAUGAGCCUCUUACUAGCUCGUUGUGGGCAGAGAACGCGUCUACCCACUCUUGCUACAUUAUAUUCUCCCAAGCAUUUAGUACAGUUCUCUGCAUACAGUAAGUGCUCAAUAAAUACCACUGACUGAUACUACACUGUUGCUUGGCAGUCUUGAAGACUUGAAAGACCCUAUAAUCGGUCCUCUACCAGAACUUUCACUUGCCUGACCUCAUUAUGUGUUUACUUGCAACAAAGGCCACCUCACCUCCAAGUGAAAGAAUUACUGGAGUAAUUUUUUUUAAGAAGUUAGUGUUUUCCUUUGUAGUCAAAGGGACACAAAUUCAAAGAGAGCAAAUACAUAUUGUUGGCUGCUUAUUGGUUCUGUUUCAUUAACCGUCCUGAAUGAUGACCUGCCUAUGUCAGCAGAGUAAAAUCCAUCACUUAUUCAUCCUUUACAAAGGUAAUUAUUAUUGGUCAGUAACCCUCUCCAUUUUUUUCCCCUCAAGGCUAGAGUUCCCAGUACUCUACCAGUCUCAACUAUGGUAGGGAGAGUCAGAGGC